AUCGAUUUCAAUGUAGAAGGAACAGUGGUAUUUCUUAUUGUCGUUUCUCCUAAGAAUAGUAAACAUGGCCGAGGCAGAGGAAACCCAGAAGAAGAAGAGGACUUUUCGAAAGUUCACCUUUCGAGGAGUUGAUCUCGAUCAACUCCUUGAUAUGCCAAAUGACCAACUUAUGGUUUUGAUGCAUGCUCGUGCACGAAGACGAUUUUCUCAUGGUUUAAAGAGGAAGUCUAUGGCACUUGUAAAAAAACUACGUAAGGCAAAGAAGGAAACACCACCAAAUGAAAAACCUGAAAUUGUUAAGACUCAUUUGCGUAACAUGAUCAUUGUGCCAGAAAUGGUAGGUUCAAUUGUUGGUGUUUACAAUGGCAAAACAUUCAAUCAGGUUGAAAUUAAGCCAGAAAUGAUUGGUCACUACUUGGGAGAAUUUUCUGUCACUUACAAACCUGUAAAACAUGGUAGACCAGGUAUUGGUGCUACCCACUCUUCAAGAUUUAUUCCACUCAAAUAA